AUGGAUUUCAGCAAGGCAUUUGACAAGGUACACCAAGCAACGCUUAUUGAGAAAAUCCCACGAGCAAUUUGUUCAGAGCCCCGUCUUCCUGGAACAAGAAAAGUAAGCAAGAAGGGGCAGCCAAUAUGUUGUUUUGACUGUGCAGAAUGCGCCGAUGGUGAGAUUAACAACGCCACUGAUACCUCGGAUUGCAUCAAGUGUCCUUCAGAAUAUUGGUCCAAUGAGGCAAACACCCAAUGUGUUCUCAAGAAAGUUGAGUUCCUUUCAUUUCAAGACGUUCUGGGAUGGGUAUCAGUGUUGCUUGCUCUAGUAGGUGUGUGUUUUACAGUGGCCACCGCUGCGAUUUUCUACCGGCAUCGAGAAACACCAAUGGUCAAAGCGAACAACUCAGAGCUCAGCUUCUUGCUUCUUUUCGGCCUUCUGCUUUGUUUUAUUUGCCUGCUCGCCUUCAUAGGAGAACCGUCUGACUGGUCAUGCAUGUUGCGCCGCACGGCUUUCGGGGUUCUGUUCGUACUCUGCAUUUCCUGCAUCUUGGGUAAAACCAUUCUUGUCGUAGUUGCCUUUAAAGCAACUCUACCCAAAAGUAGCGCGAUGAACUGGUUCGGAACGGUGCAGCAACGCUUGGGCGUCUUCAUCCUUACCUUUUUUCAAGGACUAGUUUGCGUUGGCUGGCUUAGUGUGUCACCUCCCUACGCCCUGAAAAAUAUGAGUCAUUACAGGGACAAAAUUAUUUUGGAAUGUAACGUAGGUUCAUUGUCAGCCUUUUACUUAGUGUCAGCCUAUAUUGCUCUGUUGUCUGUUGUGUGUUUAGUGCUUGCAUUCCUUGCCCGGAAACUCCCGGACAGUUUUAACGACGCCAAGUACAUCACCUUCAGCAUGCUCAUCUUCUGCGCUGUUUGGAUAACUUUUAUUCCUGCUUAUCUGAGUUCUCCAGGAAAGUACACUGUAGCUGUAGAAGUGUUCGCUAUUUGGGCAUCGAGCUUCGGUCUGCUCGUCUGUAUUUUUGCACCGAAAUGUUACAUUAUCUUACUGAAACCGGAGUUUAAUACUAAGAAGCAAAUGAUGGCGAAAGGAACUUUACCUUAA